AUGGUGUAUUCUAGAACUAAACCCCCAUGUCGUGUGUCUGAUCCGGCUCAGCCCCACAAUCUUUGCAGACGACGACGGCCUUCUCCACUUUCUAUCUGCUUUACAUGCAAAGGCAAGAAUUUAACGUGCAGAAAGUACUAUUACUACUGUGCAACUUGCAAUUUAGAGUUCCACAGAGGUUGUCACCUCUUUCCGCCGAAUCUAAGACACCCUUUUCAUUCCUCUCACCCUCUCACCCUCAUCUCUUCAAACACACGCAACGGUUGGUGGGAUGGCUCCUCCGGUUCAGAAGGAUCAACAGAUGAUGAUGAUAGUGAUGAUGAUGAUCGUGAUGGUGAUGGUGAUGGUGAUGGUGAUGGCAGCGUUGAUAUUGAUGGUGAUGAUGAUGCGUAUGGCAGCGUUGAUAUUGAUGGUGAUGCUGAUGCUGAUGUUAAUGUUGAUGCCUCUUUAUCCGAUGGAAAUCACAGGAGCUGCCGAUGUUGUAACAAACCUUUGGACAAGACAUAUUAUCAUUGUUCUAUCUGCAAGUUCAAUCUCAACUUGCCCUGCUCGAUGAUGCUACCACUUCUCACUAUCUCACACAUGAAAAGUCAUGAGCACACGCUCACCCUCUUCUGUACACGACUCCCUAUGUCAUGUGAUGCUUGUGGCUUGUCUCUAAGCACACGCAGCACUCUCCUUUACACGUGUCUCCCUUGCAGCCACACAGUCCACAUAAAAUGUAUCUAUCUACCUCGUGUCAUUCAGAUCACCCGACACACACACCGACUCUCUUUCACUUUGUCCCUUCAACCUGGUGACUUCUCUUGCGGAGUUUGUCGCAAAACCGUCGACGUUAACUAUGGGCAAUAUUCUUGUAUUAAGGGAUGUCAUUAUGCUGUCCAUUCGCAUUGUGCAACGAGGAAUGACGUGUGGGAUGGAGAAGAUCUUGAAGGAGUGCCUGAAGAACCUGAUGAAGAUAUCGAGCCAUUUGUGAGGAUUGAUGUGGAGACAAUUCAUCAUUUCAGUCAUGAACAUUAUCUGAAGCUCCAAGAAAAGAAAACCAUUUGCGAGAAAGACAAGUAUUGUGUUGCAUGCACGAUUCCAAUUAUAAUCUCUCGGAGAUUUUAUGGUUGUAUGGAGUGUGAUUUUGUACUCGACGAAGCAUGUGCUUCUCUUCCUCGCAAAAAAUACCUCCCAAUACAUAAACACCCACUUACCCUCCACCCCUUCCCGAUUGGUGGGAUCUCCAGGUUCGAUUUUAAUACAGUUGCUGCCAAAGACAUAUUCAAAUGUAAAGCUUGCUACCGAUUAAGUUGUGGUUUCGUGUACAAAUGCGGUGAGGAAUAUUGUGAGUUUCAAAUAGACGUCAGAUGCGCUUCCCUUCCAGAUCCUUUAAUUCAUGGCUGUCAUCCACAUGAUCUCUUCUUCAACUUGACCCAUGGUUAUUGCAUUGGGUGUAGACCACGAACCGACUUGACCAAGGCACGUAUGCUCAGCUCACAUGGGCCGGGCCUUUGUUCAUCCUAUGCAGUAGAAUGUAUUAAGUGCGACGACUCCUUUUUGGGUAUGACAUGUGCUAGUUUUCCUUGUGAGGCCUACUACAAGCACGAUAGGCAUCUACUCACACUUUGCUACGGUGACGAAAAAGAUACAACAAGUGGUCAAUAUUGGUGUGAGAUAUGUGAAUCAGAAUUAAAUGCAGAUGACUGGUUUUAUACAUGUGACUCUUGUAUGAUCACUUUACAUAUCGAUUGUUUACUUGGAAAAGAUAUGUACAUGAAGCCCGGCCAUAUAUUCGAAAUAGGUGAUGAUGGUGAUGAAGUUGAAAUUGUUCACAAUGAUGGUAACUCUCGGCUGAUUUGCUCUGAAUGUAAUCUUCAUUGUGCACAGGCUUGGGCAUUCAAGAUGAUACGUGGAUACAAAUGGUAUUGCACUCUUAAUUGUAUGGGAAAAGGUCUUGGCCUUGGACGUCUCAAUUGAAGGUAGCCAAGACAUUGUGAUCAGCGCAUCUUAUGUGUUUCAGGGCUUUCGUCGAAUACACGUUUCUUAGGGUUUAAUCUUUUGGUGUUAAAUUUUAUUUUUGUUUUCUUUUUUUUCUUUUGUGUUGAUGAAAAUG